AUUUGUCUUCUUUUCUUUCAACACUGACAAGGGAUAAGUUGGUCCAAGACCACAGAUCUAGCUCGCAGUUCCUCGGCAGGGUUUUCUGUUUCUAAUCAGUGCUUGAUACAAGGGAUUUAGAACCAAGAACACAGCCUUUGGAGACCCCACAGAAAGGAACCAAGAUCGACUUACUUCUAAAGAGACGCCACCAUGGGAAGCAAUAAAACCAGCUGGGGAUAUUUCCCUGUAGCCGUAGUAGGAAUUGGCACACGUCAUGCUUGCGGAUCAAAUACUACUGAUGACUUCUGGAAGGUUCUGAAGGAAGGCAAGGAGUGCAUCGUGGAUAUUCCUGCAGAAAGAUGGGCCAUCGAGAACUUUCACGACGAGGACCAGACCAGACAAGGAAAGAUGGUAACCAAGCGAUGCGGACUCAUCGAGGACAUGGAUGGCUUUGAUAACCUCUUCUUCAAGAUUUCACCUCGAGAAGCAGCAUCCUUGGAUCCUCAACAGCGCCAUCUCCUAGAAGUCAACUAUGAGGCCUUUGAAGACGCAGGUAUCAACCCUGAUACCCUAGGCGAAUCCUGUGGUGUUUUCGUUGGUAUAGGUAUGAUGGAUCACGCCAUUCAGUUGGUUGAUACUUCCACCACCGAUGCGUACACCCUGACUGGUAUUGCACACAGUGUGUCGGCUAAUCGCAUCUCUUAUGCAUUCAACCUCAAAGGUCCAUCCUUUGCCGUUGAUACAGCUUGUGCAAGUGGACUGACGGCCCUCCAUCUCGCCUGUACCAGUCUCUGGAACAGAGAAUGCAGCAUCGCCUUGAUGUCAGCUUGCAACGGAAUCCAACUGCCUGACAUUACAGUUGGUUUCAGUGCCCUCGGUGUACUUUCACCCGAUGGCCGUUGCAGUCCCUUCUCAAGUACCGCUAAUGGAUACGUGCGCAGUGAAGGAUGGGGCGCCAUCAUCCUCAAACCCCUCAGCCAGGCUCUUGCUGACAAUGACCACAUCUAUACUGUAAUACGCGGUAGCGCCAUCGCAGCCAAUGGAUUAGCCAAUAGUUUGACCAUGCCUUCUCCUCCGGCUCAAGAAUACGUCAUGAAGGAAGCUUACGAGAAGUUCGGUGUAUCCAUGUCUGACGUGCACUAUGUCGAAGCUCACGGCACCGGAACAAUGGUUGGUGAUCCUCUAGAAGCAGAAGCCAUCUCCAAGGCAUUCGACCGCCCCAGCGACAAACCUCUCAAGAUUGGAUCUGUCAAGAGCAACUUUGGACAUACCGAAGUUGCUGCUGGAGUAACAGCUGCCAUCAAAGUCGCCCUGAUGAUGGAGAACCGUGCCAUUCCACCAACCAUCAACUUCGUCUCUCCAAAUCCCCACAUCAACCCGGAGGAGAUGAGGCUGGAUAUCGUGACCGAAAUCCAGCCUUUCCCAACCAACGACAAGCACAUCAUCGGCCUCAACUCCUUUGGGUUUGCCGGAGCACUGGCCCAUUGUAUCUUCGAGGAAGCACCGAAGAGACCAGUAAAGGAACUGAGCUCAGAACAGGUGUGUGGAUGGAAGUUUGGUGACUCUGACAAGGAAGGCCAACCUAUCAUCAUUCCUCUAUCCGCAAAGUCUCCAGAGGCAUUGGCAGCUGUUGCUAAACAGUGGCUGGAUGUAGACGUUGACCAGGAUGCCAUGAGUGUAGUCUCCUGGAUGUCCACCAGACGUCGACUUCAUGAAAACAGGCUCACUGUCAUAUCCAGCUCCGGCAAACAGUUCAAGGCUCAGAUGAAAGACUUCGUCGAAUCAGGUGGUGCGGAGAACGCAACAUCAGGCACCGUAUACAGCGGUGAACCCAAGAUAUGCAUGAUCUUCCCCGGUCAGGGGCAACAGUACGCCAACAUGGGAAGACAACUCUACAAGACAGAACCAGUCUUCAGGAACACCGUGGACGAAUGCGAUGCAAUCUUUAAGAAGAUCAGUGGUUGGUCCGUCCUCGAAGAAAAAUCUCUCUUUGUUGAGCGCCCUCAUUCGGCAGACUACAAGCCAGACACUUUCAUCAAUGAUCUAGAAGUCUCCCAGCCAGCUAUCCUCUUCAUUCAACUUGGUCUCUUCAAUCUCUGGACCCACUGGGGUGUUAAACCUGCCUGUGUGAUCGGACACAGCCUUGGCGAGGUAUCUGCUGCUUAUGCCUGUGGUGGGAUGACCCUUGAAGAAGCGGUUGAGACCAUCUACAUCAGGAGCGUGGAGCAGGGAAAGCUGAAGGGAACUGGAAGCAUGGCAGCGCUGAGGAUGACCCUUGGGGAAGCUAGGGAGCUCUGUAGCAAGCACGAGCGUCUCUAUGUAGCAGCAAUCAACGCACCCGGAUCCAUGACCAUUGCAGGCAAUACCCAAGCCAUUGAACAGAUUGCCGCCGAUAACCCAACCAUUGCCAAACAACUGCGUGUCCAGUGUGCCUUCCAUACACCUGACAUGGAUCCAACCGAGAAGACCUUCAAAGAGAAGAUGGAGAAAGUGGUCAAGACCCCUGCUGGUGUACGAAACAUCCCAUUCUAUUCCACUCUCACCGGAGCUCGGUAUGAAGGAGAUUUCAAGACGGCAUAUUGGUGGGAUAACAUCCGCAAUGCCGUUGAGUUCCAGUCUGCAGUUGAAAAUGUACUGCGUGACUUGGAAUGUGAUAUGUUUUUGGAAUGUGCCGCCUCAGCCACACUGCUGUCAUCCGUCAACCAAAUUGCAAAGGGUUCUGGUGUGAAGAUCCAACUCACAACCAUCGCAUCUUGCCAAAGAAACCAGGAUGACCGCAUGUGUGCCCUUCGAUCCCUUGGUAACAUGCACAACAACGGUGUGCCACUGAACUGGAAGAAUAUCACCAGGGACACUGCUGUGUACACCAAACUCCCUCUGUACCCAUGGCAACACAAGCCUUUCAUGCUAGAGCCAGAGUAUCGACGCAAGCGCCGUCUAGGUCUUGAUGACCGUACCUACAAAGGGCAGAAUGGUCAGCUUAGUCUUGAAACAUUCCCAUUCCACAGUGACCGUACCACAAAGAGCAAACUAGUAUUUCCAGAGUCUGGAUAUGUCGAGUACAUCAUGGAAGCCACCAGUGGUGAAAAUGAGCUCCCUGUUGUGAACAAGGUUGCCUUUACCCAACCUCUAGAAUGGCCAGAGGAGAAGACGGUUACCGGAACAAAGAAGGCUACUCUGAACCUUGACUUGGUGAGAGAUGGAAACAGGGUAGAGAUUAGCUACAAAGGAGAUGUAUGCAGUUCUGCAGAGAUAGAGGAGGGCACUGCCCAAGACAACACUAUCCCUAUCAAUGAUAUCAUCCAGAGAUGUCCCAAGAAGUCUUCAGCAGAAGACUUCUAUGGAUACAUGCAAGAAAUGGGUCUCGAAUAUGGUGCCAAGUUCCAGGUGGUCAAGGAUGUAAGUUUGGGAAAUGGAGAAUGUGUUGGGUCUCUCGAGUCGGCUCAAGAUAACAAGCAGAGAAUCCAAACAACCCACCUAGAUGCUUGCUUCCAGCUUCUCACUUACACUCUUGGAGCCCGAUCAAGCCUAUACCAACCAGCUACCAUUGACAGCAUUCGCAUGAAUGUACCAUCACUCCCUGCUGGCGAACCUCUUCUGGCAUACACUUCCAUCAUUGAUUGCGACAGCUGGGCACUCAGAGGAAAUGUCAUGAUUACUUUGACAAACGGAAAGGUGCUUGCUGAAAUUAAGGGAUGUACAUGUAAGAACACAUGUGGUAUACAGACGGACAUUGACAUUAAUAAGUGUCUUUACAGGAGAGAUUUCCAGACAGUCAAGGCACAUCUACCACCAAUCAAAGAAGUCGCCAAGGUGUUUGAGGAAGAAAAUCUAAGGAAGCUCUUCCCGGAUCUCAUGGAAUCAGUAACAAGGGCAGAAUCAGUUUUUUCAAACAUGGGAGCAAUCUGUCUUGCAUACAUCAAGCAUGGUUUGGGACAGGUACCAGUUAAAGAGCGCUCUGACUAUCUAGAUCCACGUUAUUAUCGACGACUAGAAAAGCUUGCAAAAGAUACGUCAGUACGUCAGAUUACGUAUGACGAGAUCCCAAGUGUCAAAGAGGAGAUGCUUAAAGUGGCACCAGAGCUAAAGCAGGAGUUGACUAUGGCACAGAGUCUUGGUGAGCAUCUCUCAACCACACUGAGAAACCCACAGUCGGCAAUGACAUUGCUGUUCAAGCCCGAGUGCAUGGCCUCUUACUUCUUGGAUUCACUGACUACAACAUUCUACUAUAAGGCUGGAGCAGAGAUGAUACGACAGGCAGUCCUCAAGGCUCUCGAGACCAAAUCCACAGUCAGGAUACUAGAAGUCGGAGCCCGCAUGGGAGGUCUUACACAUCACAUCCUAGAACAUCUAGAAGAUCUGUGCAUAGAAGGACGAGUUGAGUACGUGUUCACAGAUCUCAGUGUUGCUUUCUUCCCACAUGCCCGAGACCAUUUGGCCGAAUACCCAUUCGUCAAGUAUCAGCAACUGGACAUCGAAACAGACAUUGAGAGUCAAGGGUUCGUCCCAGGAUCAGUCGACAUUCUGAUCUGCUUGGACACACUCCACUCCACUGGUCAUCUCCAAGAAGCCAUCUACUACAUGCGAGAGCUCAUCUGUGAUGAUGGAUGGAUGCUCUUGUAUGAAGCAACAACUGUCAAGUUUAUCGCGGAGGUGAUUUUCGGUGCCCUUCGUCUUUGCUGGGUCUUUGAAGAUGACAGACCGGAAUGUUGCUGGAUGGAGCAAAAUGACUGGAAACUGGCCCUGGAGAAGAAUGGGUUCGAUGAUGUUGUGGCUCUAUCAUCUCCCAAAGAGCUUUUCCACAGUGUCCUCAUUGGACGUAAGGCAGGAGGCGAUGAUGCUUGCAUAAAUCCCAAAGCUGCACCAGUCACCACACGCAAGCAAUGGCUGGUGGUGUCACAUCCCGAGAAUGCACAGUUUGUCAAUCUUGUCAAGUCAUCACUCUCGGGUACAGUGACAUCUCUCUCUUAUGAUGAAAUCAUGGAGGCUGAUCUUGGCAAGCUGAAAGAAGACGGACAUGUCAUUGAAGCUCUCUUCAUCUGGAAUGUUGAUCAUGACAACGGCUUCAAGGUUCUCCUGCACUUCUUGCAACACAUCGGUGUGAAUGUAGAGAACGUUUGCAAGCUAUGGAUGGUCACCUUUGCUGCCACUUCGGGACCAAGACCCAUUAAUGCAGCAGGUGCUGGUCUUGUCCAUGCUGCGGCCAAUGCCUGUCAGAUCCCAUUCGUCACAGUAGAUAUCCCAGAAGAAGUGACAAAUGGAGACAAGGUGUGGGCUUCUAGACUAGUUAACACAAUGCUAGGAAACAUGUUAUCUGACAUGGAGUUGGUUGUAAAGGAUGGCAUGGUUCUUACUCCAAGGCUUACAAGAAUGCAGCUCCCCAAAGUAAAGGUCAGCGAAACCCCCUACUGGAAGCUCACCCAAUCUGAUGAUCCAUUCAAGACAGAGUCGUCAGUAGAGGAUCUGGGCAUCGCAUACCAAGAUGGGUUUGAUGUGGUUCCAGGAACAGUACUUGUAAAGGUAUCAGCAGCCAGCAUCAACAAAAGAGACGUUGAUCUUGCAAGAGGUAUCACAGCACAGGAAGAAGGUGUCGGCGCAUUCGGCAUGGAGUUCUGUGGAGUUGUGGAGAAAGUAGGAGAAGGCGUAACCACGAUUAAGCCGAAAGAUGAAGUUCUUGGAUUCGGUUCACACUGUCUGGCAUCGUAUACUCUAGCCCAUGCAGAUCUUGUUGUCAAGAAACCAAAGAAUCUGACCCCUUCACAGGCUGCAACAACCAGCAUCGCCUUUGCAACUGCAUACUACAGCCUGGUUGAAAGAGCUAACAUCACAAAUGGGGAAUCUAUUCUAAUUCAGGUGACGGAACCUGGAUUAAGGGAUGCAGCAGUGCAGAUUGCAUCUAAUGCAGGGGCAAAGGUCAUCUGCUCCGUGGAGGAUACAGCUCAAGCAGCUUCACUGAAGAAGAUGGGUGCAACAACUGUAUCCCUGUCGUCAUCUUCUACAUUUGUGAACGAUGUCGUCAAUGCCACAGAUGGAGCAGGCGUGGAUGUUGUCCUGAACUCCCUUCAGGGUAAGCAGAUGGAGAAGAGUUUGGAACUUUUGGCUGCCGGUGGACGCUUCUGUUCAAUCACCGACUCAAAUGCUAUCAAUUUCAAACUACAGAUGAGGCUGCUGCAGAAGAAUAGGUCAUUGAUCUCAUGUAACAUUGACAGCAUGCUUCAGCACCAGAAGUCACUACUUCAGAGGAUCCUUCGGAAGGUAACAGAGCUAAUGGGUGAAGGUAAACUUAGGCCACUUGACGUUACCUCCCGACCCGUCACAGAUUACCCAACUCUAUUUGCAGAUGACAGCAUCACUAACGCUGGCAAAGUUGCUAUCGAAAUCCCAUCAGCAUUCAAACCAAACAAAGUCAUCUCAACGACACAACUCUUCAAGAAAAAUGCAACCUAUGUCGUAACCGCUGCUGAGUCAGGCCUAUCCCAAAUCUUUGCCCGUUGGCUCUACAACAAUGGCGCGCGGCACAUAGCCAUGUGCUACCUGACGGAUGGUGGAAAAUCCAAGGCGAGCAGGACGGUCACCUACCUUACCAGUAAGGGUGCUGAAGUUUUUGAGUACUGCCAUGAGCUUCAUGUGCGGGGCCCAGAUGGUGGAGUUGCCAAAAUAUUUGGUGAUCUGAAGAAAAGGAAUGCACCAGCUAUUCGUGGCAUCUUCUGCCUUGGUGGUUACCGACUUCCAGGCAAAGAGACCAUGUCCGACAUCACUUACGACAGUCUCCAGACAAUGCUCUCUGCGAAGAUUCGUCCGGCAAAGCUGUCACACGUCAUGUCAGAAAAGAUGGGACUAGAGCUGGACUACUUCCUCACCGUAUCCAACGAUGACGUUGCCUGGGGUAACCCCUCUGCUGUAGCUAGUGUGACGGGAGAUUCGUACCUCGAGAGCUUUGCUAUGAAGAGGCGACUGGAAGGGAAACCAGCCCUCAACGUGCAAGUGGGAGCUCUCCGCGGAAUCGACGCCUAUGAAUUCGGAGGACAGACGACUCUACCAGUAAGAGAUGGAGAAGCUAGUCUCCAUGUUGAAGAGUUCUUGAUGGUGCUUGGCAAACUUCUUCUAUCUCCUGAUACACCACCAUGUGUCUGCAUCACACACCAGGACUGGGAAGCUGUACUGAAGUUCUCUCAUGACCACACCCUGAAGUACCGCCAUCUUGCUGGAGGGGAACAGGUGGCCAUCUCAGACUGUAAACUGAGUCUAGAAGAUCUACAGAAACAGGUAAAGAACAAGCUUGGAGAUCUCCUGUGCGUAAACCCCGACACCAUCGACCUCCGUCAGCCCAUGAUCAACUACGGUGUCGACUCCCUGAUGGCCGUCGAGAUGGUGACAUGGGCAAGUCGUGAGCUCAGCGUGGUCAUCUCCCAGCUCGACAUCCUUGGCGGUAUCACCACUGGCCUCCUCUUGGAGAAGGCUAUCGACAAUAACGUCUGCAUCUGAGACUACGAACGAAAGAAUCGGGAGCCAGAUAACGUGUGUUCCCGAUGUCAGGAUAGGAAUACUUAUGAUGUAUGGGUCUCCAUGGAUCUCAGGGUGUUUCAUUCAGCUGUUCCCAAAGUUAUGAACUUUAUUCAAGAGUUGUUAACAAAUGUGAUUCUCUUUGAUAACGAAUUCCUUCUGAAAUUCGAUUGAUGCAGUUACAAUCAUUUAACGAAAAUGUGGGUUUUUUCAACAACCUAACAGGGAUAGCAGACACAUUUUAUUAAGUUUUGGCGAGGUACAUUCUUUGGCUCUUUUUAUUCCCGCCGUGCAUAAUUUAAUGAACAGCUUUAUGGAACAUCUUUCACCUAGUUAGGUUACCGGCCUGGGAUCUACGAGAAUAGCCCCCCCCCCCCUUCAUUCCCGUAAAAUCUUUGAAAUUUCUAACGAGGGCCGAGGGGGUGUAUUAUGUCUCACCACUUUCUCUUUUUUUAUUCUGUUCACUUCAUAAUAAUAAAUUCCGAAAGUGGUUAUCACUUAAAAGAGACACCGUAUUUCAUAGGUUUAUGCCAUUAGGCACAUAAAAAGGUUGAUGAUUCAAAACCUCUGACGUAUAUCAAGUUUGUACCACGUGCUGUACAAACAUAGAAUCCAAUAAAACAACAAUUUCAUCUGAAUAAAAUUUUCUUGUAUAACGAUUUAAUACAAGGGAAGUGAUGAUUUUUUGUUUGACAAAAAAGUAUAUUUUUUUUCAAAAUAAGGAUUGUGUAAAACACUGUCAGUUCAUGGGGGCGGGGUGGUUACUCUAUGUUCUGAACGAACUGACACUAAAGUUGUAUUUGAUGAAUAUAUAAUAAAACCUGGACAGUGUGGUUUUGCAAAAAAUUGUCGGUUUUGAUAUUCUUUUCUGGGGAGCGGGCAACUGCUACAUCCCUCUCACUGCGUACGGCCAUUAUGCCCAAAUUAUAGACGGAAGGGAUAAAUGAAACUUGUUUUAUUUCAUAAUAAUGAUUUUGAGAAUAUAAAGAGCAAAUUGUAUUUGAUUGGGGAAAUCAAAUUCAUUUUUCUCUAGAAUUGAUAUAUUUUUUUGGUUGUUUAUCAUUUGACAAAGAUGUAUUGUUAUAAUUAAUUCAACUAGAUCUGUGUCUGUAAUAUCUUUAGGAAUUAUUACUUAUCUAUGAGAUUUAAAGGAUUCGACUUGAUUAUUAAUGAGGUAUUAACUUUCAUUUCAUUUCUGGGGUUCUUUUUAAUAAAAUAAAUUUAGUAGAGUAGAAAGAAUAUUUGUAUUUUUCGAUGUGUUCUUAUACCACAAUAUUAAAUUUAAUGGGACUUCUUUGGCAAUUUUUAAAUAAUUUGAGUCUACAAGUGCAAUUGGGUCAGAAUAUAUAUAUUUAUUUCUUUUCCGUGAAGUAUGUGCAAUCGAGGUAUAUGUUGGUCAUUAAAAAUAAUAAUACAUAUAAUUAAA